CCGCCUCAGACCACCACAAGCCGCCAAGGACCCACUCUCUUGUGCACUGGAAGGCUGGCGUUAUGAAGUUCUUCAUUGACAAUCUACCUAUAAUUUUCCCUUAUGACCGAAUAUAUCCUGAGCAGUAUGCAUACAUGUGCGAUCUCAAGCGUACCCUAGAUGCGACGGGGCACUGCGUUCUGGAAAUGCCCUCGGGGACGGGGAAGACGGUUUCCCUUCUGUCGUUGAUUGUCUCUUAUCAGCAGUUCUAUCCAAACAAACGGAAGCUCAUUUAUUGCUCACGGACGGUACCUGAGAUUGAGAAGGCUCUGGCGGAGUUGAAGAGGCUUAUGGAGUAUCGAAUAAAAUGCGCGGAAACUACAGAGCAGAAAGAGAAGGAAGAGAACUUUAGGGGCCUGGGCUUGACGAGUCGGAAGAACCUCUGCAUACAUCCGGAGGUCGCGAAGGAGAAGAAAGGCAAGGUGGUGGAUGCGCGGUGUCGAGACUUGACCAACAGCGCGGUUUGCGCCAAGGGGCGAGAGGACCCGGGAUCUGUGGAGCUCUGUGAAUGGCACGAAAACCUUGGGAAACUCGAGCCAGGCUCUCUCAUCAGCCCAGGCGUCCACACUCUCGCUGAUGUUCUUGAGCACGGUCGGGCGAAUGGAACAUGUCCCUACUUCACAGUUCGGAGAAUGAUGCCAUUCGUCGACGUUGUUAUCUACUCUUUCCAUUACCUGCUGGACCCAAAAGUCGCCGAACAGGUGUCCAAAGAGAUGUCCAAGGAUGCCAUAGUGGUUUUCGACGAAGCCCACAACAUUGACAAUGUUUGUAUCGAGUCACUCAGUAUCGAUCUCACACGGCCAAUGCUUGACUCGGCGGCCCGUAGUGUCGUUAAACUCGGGGACAAGAUUGAGGAAAUCAAGAGAACCGAUGCAGCCAAGCUACAAGACGAAUAUGCUAGGCUAGUCGAAGGAUUGCAGGAGCCAGCGGCUCCCGAAGAGGACUCUUUCAUGUCAAAUCCUGUACUUCCGGAAGACUUGUUGUCAGAAGCCAUUCCUGGAAACAUCAGGAAGGCAGAGCACUUUGUGGCUUUCUUGAAGCGUUUCGUUGAAUACCUCAAGACUCGAAUGCGUGUACUCCAUGUCGUAGCCGAGACACCGUUGUCGUUCCUACAGCAUUUGAAAGAUAUAACAUACAUUGAACGACGUCCGCUUCGCUUCUGCGCAGAGAGGCUUCAGUCAAUGAUCCGAACCUUGGAGCUCAGUCGGUUGGACGAGUACUCAUCGCUUCAGAAAGUCGCGAGCUUCGCGACAUUGGUCGCAACGUAUGAGAAAGGAUUUCUGCUAAUUUUGGAACCUUUCGAAACUGACUCGGCCACCGUCCCUAACCCUAUGUUCCACUUUACGUGCCUUGACCCAUCGUUGGCCAUUAAACCAGUCUUCGAGCGGUUCAGUAGCGUUGUCAUCACGUCCGGGACAAUAUCACCUCUUGAUAUGUACCCCAAGAUGCUGCAGUUCACACCUGUGGUACAGGAAUCAUAUUCAAUGACCCUCGCACGCAAUACAUUCUUGCCACUGGUCAUCACGAGAGGAAGCGAUCAAGUGGCGAUUAGCUCACGGUUUGAAGUCCGAAACGACCCAGCGGUGGUGCGGAACUUUGGCAGCAUUCUCAUUGAAUACAGCAAGAUCGUGCCUGACGGCAUUGUCGCGUUCUUCCCAAGUUACCUAUACAUGGAAUCCAUCGUGGCGGCCUGGAAUGACAUGGGUAUAUUGACCGAAGUGUGGAAGAACAAGCUGAUAUUUGUGGAGACCCCGGACGCCAAUGAAACCAGUAUAGCCCUGGAAAAUUACAGACGAGCUUGUGACAAUGGCCGAGGAGCUGUCCUUCUCUCCGUCGCCCGAGGAAAGGUUUCGGAAGGAAUCGAUUUCGAUCAUAAUUACGGGCGUGCCGUGAUUAUGUUUGGAGUGCCUUACCAGUAUACGGAGAGCCGUAUACUAAAAGCACGCCUGGAAUACCUGCGCGACGCGUAUCGGAUACGCGAAUCCGAGUUUCUGGGGUUCGACGCGAUGCGCAACGCGGCGCAGUGCGUAGGGCGUGUUCUCCGCGGAAAGACGGACUGGGGUCUCAUGGUGUUUGCCGACAAGCGGUUCGCCCGCGCGGACAAGCGCGCAAAGCUGCCUCGGUGGAUCAAUCAAUACAUUACGGAGGUGGCGUCCAAUCUGUCGACCGAUAUGGCCAUAACGCUGUCGAAGCUCUUCAUGCGGACGAUAUCUCAGAAUCCUCACGAGAAUCAGGCCGGCGUGUCUCUUUGGACGGUCGAAGACAUUGAAAAGGCUCAGGCCAAGCAGAAAGAACUUGCGCUGGCCGCUGCUGCUGAGGACGGCGACGAAGAGGAGUUCGGUGACGACGGGAUUGAGGAUGAGAUGUUGGUCGACCUGGACCUCUGAGGUCGAAUAUGGCUACCAGACGGUUUAGUGUCUCAAUCUAGGCAAGACGUUGCCGUUGACUCUGAGUAUCAAAUAGAGCUGUGUGGAACGUGAAAAGCGUGAUGUACACAUGGUAAAU